CGUAACUAAUUGAAGUUUUCCGUGUUUGUCCUCUGCAGACAAGAAGCGAAAGCCAUGAACACGCAACGACGAGUAUCUCGCGGAAAAGGAGGCAGCGCCUUUCCCACUGAUGGAAGAUUGCCGAAACAGAAUGCUCGGCGUCGAAGGCAGCCGAAACAAACUCCCGCGCCCAACAAAUAUGCGGAACAGGACCAAGCAAGAAUUCAGAAUGAAGAGGAACAAGCAUCUUCGGUCGCCUCCUCGGAGGAGCAGAUGCCAGACAAUGUGCAAAUAAUAGUCCCGGCUCUACAGCCGGCAGAGCAAGCAAUCGAAGAGGAACCUUGGAGGGAGGAGAUCCGCCACGUGCGACGUCGCAUCAAAAAUGUGCAAGAAGCUAUCCAGACUGGAACCGAGGGAAUUGCCAACCCAAAAACCUACCAAACCAAUGUUUUAAAUUCUGUUGAGAAUUGUAUACAGGAAUGGAGAGCAAUUCUGAACCAUUACAUGCCAUUGGAUCCAAAUGACACUCAAGUUUCAAGAACCGACAACAAUAGUGACACGCCAAACGACCAUGAGCAAACUGCCAUGGACUCGAGUUCUCAAUCUUCUCAAUCUCAUGAUAAUGAUGAAAACCGCGAUGGUGAACCAUUGCAAUUGGCUGAACAAAGUGGUCCCGUUCUGUUAGAAUCGCCUGCUGAUGAGCCAACAUUACAUCAUGAUGUUGCGGCGACAAACACAACAAUCAUCGACCCGACAAUCAUCAAGGAAACUGCCUUGGAAGUAUACAUGCUGAUGCAGUUGGCACUCCAAUGUGGGCCUCUCACGGGGAGUAAUCCAGGGUAUUUUAAACGGUGCGGGGGAACUGUCGCCCGCAUGGUGCACGAAUUUUUGAUCCGAGUGGCACACAACGAAACGGAAUGCACCAUGGCCUUGAGGUUCUCGGAAAAACAGGCAAGCGCCAUCACUGUAUGGACCAAAAAUGCUGCCAAAGCGGCCCAACAAGACAAGGAACCCUCCAAAUCCAACUUGAAGAAGCAGCAGGGAAAAUCCAAAAAGAAAAAGAAACAAAAGAACUAGCUAGAUUUGGUUCUUGUCGCAAUCGAAUCAAUCCCACAGUGGAAUCAAGACUAGAAUAUGCAUAGCAGGACGGCACGACGCAGACUGAGACUCCAGGUUUUACUAGAACAACUUCUUUUUGAUUUUACAUUAUAUAUAUACUGGCUU